AUGUCCCCAUCCAACUUUGAACCAGUUUCGCCCAUCGAUAUCACCGCCGGGUCCAAACCAGUUCGCAGUGUCAAUUUUGCCGAAGGACUCGACGAAAAAUCAGAUAUCAAAGCAUCAAGCCGUUCAAUUCGAACAAAUUCAACGGCUUCCACAGCGCCAUCUCUGAACCCGGCGCGGAAGGCCCGCUUCGCCGAAGCGACCUCAGUGUUUUCCCCGGCUUCAGGUCCUGGAGAACAUACUUCUCCAUUCGCUGAUCCUCAAAUGGAUAACCCGAACAAUGAAGGUCCCAAACCUUCAGAUGUAGGAUUUGGGUACAUUUCAGACAAUCAACCAGUCGAACAACAUGCCACCAUCAGAGGAGAUCCUAAUGGCACAGCGGGUCCCCCUCUCAAAUCCGCCUUGAAGACCCCCGGCACGGCCAACAGAUUAUUGAAUCCUCUGAGUCCAACUUUCCGAGAAGAACAAAUUCUGGAGAAGGAGGAAUUGAAGACUGAGAUUCAACAAGCCAAAGAUCUGAAAGUCAAAACCCGUGUCCGACUGGCAAAAAUUGUCCUUCGAGGAGUCAACUUCUCUUGCUCUCUCAUCGUGCUCGCCAUGCUCAGCACUGUCCUGACAAUUUUCCACGCUACCAAGAACAUCCCUCCGCGAAAUAACCUACCCGCAUGGGCUCCUAACCAAAAGAUCUGGCCCCAAAUUGUGGUUCUCUCGAUCGCUUGCGUAUCUUUGCUUUUCUCAAUCAUCGUCAUCCUCGCAUACUGUCGUGGUGGCCACAAGCGCGCCGAGAAGGUUGCUGUGUACUACACCAUGUUUGCCGUCGGUUGGUUCAUGUUCAGCAUCAUCAUGUGGCUCGUGGGUGCAGGCAUCUUGCAAGGCAGCAAGGCUAGCGGUGGUGGUCAGGAUCUCUGGGGUUGGAGUUGCAAAGACAACAAGCGUCGACAACUCUUCGAAGACGACGUUCACUACGCCCUUGUCUGCCGCUUACAAGACUGGAGUUUGAUCUGCUGCAUCAUCGAAGUCGUGAUCGAGGUGGUCGUCAUCGCCAUCUACGGUAUUGUUUUCUACAGAUUUUGGUCCAAGAACCGACUCAGGAAGUCCAUGGAUGCUCGAGACCGUGCCCGAACCGAUCUCUACCUUGCACAGCUCCGCACUCAAUCAGCUCCUAACACACCGGGCUUUGCCCAAACACCCCGAACACCAGGCUUCCCUACCCAAAAGUCAAUGGACGUCUACUCUUCCGCCGAACAGGGCUCAAGCCCAACUCAAUUCGCUGCCGUCUCACCCCAUUCCAACACCACAUCCUCACCCUUCAAACUCCAAGCCCCUCCCAUCAAAGUUCAUCACGCCACUCCUAAACCUUCUGUAUCAGAAGGCUUUGGUGAGCAACGACAGAUGUCUCCGCCUCCUGGACCCCCCAUGUCCCCUCCCCCUGAGGAGCGAGUACAUGAGCACGUGGGCGCCGCACCGGGCGAGCAACAGUAUGAAGCAGUACCCAUUCCUGGUGCUUAUGCGCCUACGACAUCACAAAAUCAACCGCCUGCGCCUGGACAGGCGUUUUAA